AUGCAAAUGUAAACAUCAUUAAAAUAAUCGUUCCGCCCCCCGUGUUUCUGCAUCACAUGACCGCGAUGGAGUCAGCGGCUGUGGGGCAGCAGGCGCUACUUGGAGACCCGCACAUCACCUCCGACAGGCGCAUUUAAAGGAACAGCGUUAAUGCAAAGAAUCAUGGCGGAACUCGGCAGACCGAACACGCUCGGCCGGGCUCUGUCUUAUCCAACCUUGAUAGAAACCAAUGAUGUUUCUUCCACAAACGUCCAGCUUCACCCCUGCAGGAGGAGGAAGCUGUCCAGCUGCAGCUCGGUGGAGAACCUCGAGCGGAUGACUUCACCAUGCGGCAACGAGUCGCGCGUCCUGGUGAUAAACACCGGGGGAACUAUCGGGAUGACGCUGCAUGAUAACGGCUAUGCCCCUAAAGCCAAUGCCCUUGUGGAAAGCCUGCGUAAGCUACCCAUCCUGCAUGAUGAGCUUUAUGCCCAUCAGACCUGCCUGUAUGAGUACUACCAACUACAGAACACACUGGUCCUGCCGAAAAGUCUCAGUGAGCAUCAUGUGAGGCCAAGUAAGUUAAAUAAGAGGAUAAUCUACACCAUCCUGGAGUACAGUCCGCUGCUCGACUCCUCCAACAUGACCACGGAUGAUUGGGGCCGAAUUGGAAAAGACAUCGAGAAAAACUAUGAAAACUUUGAUGGGUUUGUGAUCCUUCACGGCACAGACACUAUGGCUUACACAGCCUCAGCUUUGUCCUUUAUGUGUGAGAAUUUGGGGAAACCGAUUGUUCUCACCGGCUCUCAAGUGCCGAUUUACGAGUUGAGAAAUGAUGGGAGAGACAACCUGCUGGGAGCGCUGCUGAUCGCGGGGCAGUUUGUUAUUCCUGAGGUCUGCUUGUAUUUCUACAACAAACUCUACAGAGGAAAUCGUGUGACGAAGGUGGAUGCAGGGAGUUUCAAUGCCUUCAAUUCCCCCAACUUGGCUCCUCUAGCUACAGCUCAAGUGGAUUUUAAAAUUAACUGGGACACUGUGUGGAGGGCAAACGCCACAGCUAAGUUUCAAGUCAAAACUGAGCUGAACAGGAAUGUGGGUCUGCUCAGGUUGUUCCCAGGAAUCACUGCCUCCACCGUCAGGGCUUUCCUGCAGCCGCCCAUGCAGGGUGUCGUGCUGGAGACCUACGGAAGUGGGAACGCUCCCGAUAACCGUCCUGACCUUCUGGAGGAGUUGAGUAAAGCCACCAACUCUGGUGUCAUCAUAGUGAACUGCACACAGUGUCUGAGGGGCACUGUGUCAGCCUCCUAUGCCACUGGACGGGUGCUGAUGGAAGCAGGCCUGAUAGCUGGUGGUGACAUGACUCCUGAGGCCGCCUUGUCAAAACUGUCAUAUGUUCUGGCUAAGAAAGAUCUCACAGUGGAUGCUCAGAAAAAGAUGAUGUCUCAAAACCUGCGGGGAGAAAUGAGUGCGGACCUUGAAGGAGCCAAACUGUGUCUGAGCGACAGCAGGUUCAUCCAGGUCAUUGCCAGGUCUCUGAGCGUUAGCUGCAAGGAGGAGCUGGAAGCCAUCCGAGAUGCCCUGACUCCUUCGCUGGCAUGUGCUGCUGCAAAGAACGGGGACACAGAAGCCCUGGAAGCCCUUAAAGAAAUGGGCAGCGACUUGCGUCUGGGUGACUUUGAUGGACGCACACCUCUGCAUGUCGCUGCUUGCGAGGGUCACCUCAGACUUGUGCAAUACUUGCUCAAUCAGGGAGCCUCCGUCCACGCUAAAGAUCGCUACGGAGACACACCCCUAUGCAACGCUGUGCGCUUCAGGCACAAGGAAGUGGUGAGGCUGCUGAGGAAGACCGGAGCCCACUUCACGAGGGAGCAGAUGGAGGAAGCAGCAUCCGAGCUGUGCAGCCUGGCAGCCAGUGGUGAUAAAGAGGGCCUGGAUAUGUGGAGAAUCGCCGGGGCAGAUCUGACCAAGCCAGGCUAUGACGGAAAGACGGCCUUGGAAGUGGCUCAAGCUGCAGGUGGCAAGGAAAUGGUGGAGUUUUUAACUUCAUACGUUACCAGCAAAUCCAUGACCAUGUUUGAUGAAAUAAUUGAAUAUGAUGAAUAUAACAUUGAUGAUGAUGAAGAGAACGGUGGAGGGAUGGAGUUUACUGCCGUACCAACAGCACUGUGAGCCGACUCUACCUCCGUUCCCCACAGCCGUCCUCCACCUCCCGUCAAUCAUCUGUUUAACCUCUGUUUAAUACCAUGCACAUAACAGUUACUACAUGCAGACAUGUUCACGUUGCAGUAUGAUCUUUGAACUAAUGCUGCUUUGAAAGAGAAAAAAAUACUUUUAAGUGUAUUUUUGCAGUAUUUCAUAUUUGUGGAAACUGGUUACAAUGCUGAAUGUUCCAUUCUGAUGUGUUUCUGCAAUGGAUGAAAAAUGCAGAAAAAUGUCAUUUGCUGUAACAUUAAAAGUAAAGUACGGUAAUGUAAAUUGUUUCUGAAGAAAAGUAUUUAUAAUGUUUCCGAUGACACUGAUUUUAUUUUUGUAGGUAUUUUAAUAGGAUGGUCAAAAUGUGAGUCUUUGAACGUAAUGUUUUAUUAUAUGAAUGUCGUCAGCCACAGAAUCCCUCAGUUCCUCAAGGUGAAGUUUUUUUUUUCUCCUACUUCCUGCUGCUCCUCUGCUAUAAAGAACAAACUACAGUUGCUCCUCAGACUCAUCCAGCCUGUUUCUGUGCUAAUUGUCGAACUGGAAGCGUCACAUAUCUCACACUGAACCGGAAAGGGGAAGUCCAGAUUGUCGUGUGUGGCAAACCAGGAGGAAAACCAGUUUUUUUAAACUCUUUUUUUUUUUUUUUUUUUUACUGUUGUCUUAUAUCUUUGGCAUUAAAAAAUGACUGAUUACUUAAUCUUUGACUUCUUUGCUGUACAACAAACCAUGUAGACCUCUAGUCUUUUUUUGUUUUUUCUAACCACACCCAGUGUUCCCAGAUAUUUUAAUGGCCUGAUUUGUGUUCUUUCAGCUUGCUGUUUUCUAAACACACAUGUUUUAAUUUUUUAAGGAAUUCACUGAAUUAUGUAUUUUGUGGAAAGAGUAGAAAUAAAGUUUUUGUUUUAAAGAAA